AUCAUUCGAUAGAACGAAAUAAUGUCAUCAAACAGUGACAGUUUGGUUAUCUUAAAAAUCGUCAAGAAAAAGGAAAUCUUUUGAGGAAUUUGCUAAUUUAAUUACCUUCCACAAUGCCUUUACAACGUGUUGUGGCUUUGUCUAAUCUUAUUCAUCAAUCAAAUCGUACGAGUUUAGUAGUAAAUACAAAAUAUCAUCAGUUGAAUAAGUACAAAUGUCUAACCAUUAAUAGAUUAAAACACACCAAAGUACUGAAGAGUGAAAAAGAAAAAUUACACACAUAUGUUAUUCAACGGUACAUUGAAUAUGUUAAGAACUACACAAGAGUUUUAGAAAAUAGGUUCCCUACAGCAGUGAAAAUGUAUAGAGUUUUCAGUGUAGGUAUCAAAGAUUUUCUGACAGACUUGAAAAAAUACAUUUCCUUACGUAUUAAAAUCACUAGAGACCAAGGAUUUACAAAGAUGAGCCGCCAAGAAAUUGAAUUGUAUCAGAAAAUGCCAUCAGAUAUGUGGAGGAUAGCCCCAGUUUUAAUAUUAUCUGCAAUACCAUUUGGGAAUUAUAUAAUAUUUCCUCUAGCAUUUUUAAAACCAAGAACGCUACUGUGCUCUCAUUUCUGGUCAAUACAGCAAAAAGUAGAAUUUUCGACGCAAGACUUGGUAGAACGUCUGAGGAAUAACAAGCCAGUGUUUCGAGCUUUGCAAGCAAAACUAGAUUCAAUACCAAAUGGUGAUCUUAAAGAUAAAUGGAAGAAUGUUGUAGCUCAGCUUGGUUCUGGAGUUCAUCCUACACCUGAGGAUAUAUUGUUGUGUAAAGAAUUAUUCGCAAAAGAACCGUAUCAGCUAAGCCACUUGACCUACAAUCAUGCGGGUCACUUACUCAAGAUGCAUGGACUAAGAAGAACGUUAUUUAGAACGAGUAAAUUAAAAUACAGAGCCUUCCUACUACUCGAGAUGGAUAAGGCAAUUGAAAGGGAAGGCGGAGUUGAAGCUCUCACCAUGGAGACCUUAAGGAACGCGUGCCUGAUCAGAGGACUUAACGGCAGUCACUUAACAAACCAAGAAAUGAAAAACUGGCUUCAAAAAUGGCUCACAAUCUCACAAAAUGUAGAUAAAACCUCAUAUUCCUUACUUUUACAUAGUCCUAUUCUAUUAGCAUACAAUCAUCCCCAAAAUUGGGUGCUCAUCUAUUAGGGAAGGUCUGAAGUGGAAACGGCAACGAUUUUACAAUAACUGGUAAUUAGAUUACGAAUUAUUGAGAUGAGUGUCGAUCAACAAUCAUAUUGGAUCUACGUUUUUAUGCGUUGAUUUGAUUCCAUUGUCGUUUCCACUCUGUUUGUCGAUAAGACAGCCAUUAUUUAUACGCUUUAGGUUAUUCAAGAGGUACAAGAGGUAAAAUACACAAUGGCUAUAGUCUUAGUAAAGUUUGUUCAGAAUAUAUCGUUAAAUGAAAGUAUAAUCAUUGGCUACUUCGAGUUUCGCGUAACCUCUUGUAUAAAAACCGUUAUUGUAACUGAGGCAAUAUCUAGCAAUUAUAUAUAUGUAUAUUUAUUUAUUGAUAUUUAUGGGAAAGCUUAGCUGUGAAUUUAUUUUGUCAUAGUGUUCAUAAUUUUGAUUAAGACAUUUGAAGUGGAUUAAGAUGAUUUCCAACUUGCUCUCAAGACUAUUAAGAGAUUUUUCAAUGUCUGAACCUAAUAGUGGUAAAUAAUUAUAAAUGUCUAAAGUAACAUUGAAGUCUUCCGCUACACAUAAAAGAAAUUCUUAUUUUUCUUCAAAAGUGAUUAAUUCUUCUAACUGUUAUAAUUGUUGCCUAUUACUCUUGUUAACUAUCAUUGAUUAUAUAUUUACCUGAGCUGUUUUCAAAACGUUUGUUGUUCUGUUAAUUGUGAAGAAGCAAUAAUUUAGCUUAGACUAAUAAACCUAGAUGUUUUAUAAAAAGCUUUGCUUUAUUUCUGUGGGUAGAUUGAACUGAUAAGUAGAGUGCAACGUUUUGUUAGUGUGCAGAUAUGAUGUUCAGGCCAAUUUGUAAUUGCUGGGAGGCUAGAAAGGCAGUCACUCCUUGUAAAGCACCAGUGCUUAGCUAAAAUAGUUUGUAACAGGCUAGUAUGAUGACAAAUGACU